AUGGCAACCAAGCGCAAGUUGACUCAGGCGGAGAAGGAUGCCCAGGAGAAGGAACGGGAGCUCAAGAAACAAAAGAAGGCCGACGAGGUCCAAGCCAAGGAAGCGGCCAAGGCUGCAAAGGCUGCAGAGAAAGCAAAGAUGGACGCUGAAAAAGAGGCCAAGAAGGCCGCCAAAGCCGCCGAGAAAGCCGAGGUCGAGGCAAAGAAGGAGGCCAUCCGCAAGCAGAAGGAGGAACAAGAGCAGGCUCUUCAACGUAAGAGGGCGAAGCAGCAGAACAUGUUGGCCGCCUUUGUGAAGCGCGCGCCUUCGACCCCCGUGAAGACGAGCACGACAGAAGCACAGACUCCCGCAACGGCAGAAUCCGCAAGUCCAACAGUUACGACGACCGAACCAGCAGCACCUCAGGUCUCCGCUUACCACCGCCUCUUUCAACCAUUCUUUGUAAAGAGCGACGUCACUCUCGCUACAGUACCCUUUAAGAUGGAUGAUAACGCGAAGAACGUGAAGUCGAGCAUUCUUGACGAGCUCAUCUAUAAGAAAAGGGAGGCAGCGGCGGUGCACCCAUUCAACCCAGCCCAGACCUUCGAAGUCCACGGCUUCUUCAAGCCACGCGGAAUCACGCAAAAAUCGGUCAAGGAGAUUAUGGAGGCAGCCAGCAGCGAACACAUCAAAUCCGAAUCCCAAACAUCCUCCAAUGAGCUCAUUGAUGCUCAGCGACAACUCAAUCACAUCCCGAUGAAGGCGCUCAAAUUCUACGAGGACGUCCGCCCACCGUACAUCGGCACGAUAACCACACCUCUCGCCACGUCGACUUUGCGCAGACUAUCGAGGCGCCCAACGGGCAGGAACGUGGAGAACUUGAACUACGAUUACGAUUCUGAGGCCGAGUGGCAAGACGACGAUGGCGAAGACCUCAUGAGUGAGGAUGAGGAGGAAGACGCCGACGGGGAUGAUGAGCUGGAUGAUUUCCUCGACGAUAGCGACGACGUACCACCGCUUGCGCGCCCAACAUUCCUAGGCGAGACGCAGCCGACGGUUGUGGGCAUCUGCUUCGAAGGCGAGAAGGAUAAGAGUUCGAGUGUUGUGCUGGAGAACUAUAAGAUGGAGUUCCUUCUGGAAACAUUGCCAGAUGCAUCCAUCGAUCCGUUCUCUACUUCAUACUGGGAGAAGCCCAAGAAAAAGGCCAAGGAGUCAGCACCUAGCAUGUUGGCUGCUGCCACCACAAACAGCACUUUGAACACAAUGCAACCGCCCCCGGCACACGCCUUCGCCGUAUUGAUAAGGAGCAACGGCAGUGGAAGUGGAUCCUCGUCAACUACACCAUCACCAGCAAUCGACCAGAAAGAUAUGGUUCCUGCGGAUAUUCUCGAGGACUUCAAGCGGACCAUUGUGUCGGAGGGCUUCCGCGAGCACACGAAACUGACAGUCAUCGAUCUCUUGUCCAAGAAGUUCACCUCUUGCACGAAACCACAAGUCAAAAAGACUCUCGAGCAUAUUGCAGUUCGUGAGACUGUCCCCGGAGCAGCCAAGUCCUGCAAGCACUGGCGAAUUCUCCCGGCCUUUUCCGUUUGA